CCAGAUCCAGGAGGCUCCAGGGGGCCUUUGUGGCGAGGAGACCGCGGAAUGGGCAGGCGGGUCGGGAAGGAAGGGCCUGGUCCUGCGGCGGCUUCAGAGGUUCGCGCCGUGCAAAGGCACGGUGCCUCGGAGGAAUUCGCUCGGGCCCUCGAGAGCUCUGAAAUAGGAGGGGGUCUAGCUAUGGUCGAGGGGUGGCAGAUGAGGAACCGCACCAGCCGAGGCCAGUCCAGGACUGGGGUCCAGGGCGGGGUCAUGUGAAAGGGAGGACCUGACUGGAGUGCAGCCAAGGCAGAGACCCCAGUGGACCCAAAUAAAAUAGGGGUAGGAUUAAGUGGGGCCCCCACUCUGGGUCUGUGGCCUAGAGGGAUAGGCUGGGGAGCGUUGAUAGGUCUGGGGCGCGACCUGUGUCUGACUCUGCCUUAGACCGGAGGUAUGUGCAGGUAGGAUAAGCUCAGUAUACCCUCCUUGUUUGAUAGGGGUGGAAACCUGAGGCCCAGCUAGCACAGUCAUCUGCUUGGUGGUUGACGUAGAGCCUCUCGGGUUCCUGGAGGCCCCUGGGGUUGUGCUUCCUGUCCAGGGGUCACAGAAGUACAAAGGAAAGCUCAUCCACUCCUGAGUUGCAACUCCCUCACUUACCCCAAUACUGGGGUCAACAUGCCCCCUCUCCAGGCUCCACAGAGAUACCAGGAAGAGCUGGGCUGUGGAUCUUUCCUUGGGCCAACACCUACCUCUUUGGGAUAGCAGCCAACUCUUCCCCAGGCAUAUACCUUCAGCUGUCUGUGACCAGGCACACCCCCGGAUCACUGUACCCAAAGAUGGCCACCGACCCCCACGCCACCACCAGCACACCCUUGUGAAGACCUCAGUAUAUCUACUAGUUAAAGUAACCGGAUUCUGAGAUAGUACCCUGGGUCUGCGGGAAGUUAGCUUUGGACUAAGGUUGAGAAGUGUGGUGAUUGGAGACCGAAAUAAAGAAAAAGGAGUUGUGUGUGAGUCAAAGCUAGCUGAAUAGAGACUGGAGACACGAUUAUCUGUAGAAAGGUCUCCUGAGUGAGGUAGAGACUCGGGUUGUGCGUGAGGUCCCGCCUCUUCCCUACAAGAUUCUCCCUGGAGAAAGAAACAUGGAGUAGCGCAAGGUUAUGGAAUGGGGGUAGGGUUGCGCCAGGGAGGGGGCUAAGGGGGACAGUGGAUCUGGUGCGGGGCCAUGGAGGACUCUUGGCUAUCCUGUGCAUUGGAGAUGGAAUGUGCAGGGCUGCCGAUAAAGGAUGCUGUUGAUACGGACUCGGGCAGCGCACCCGAGGGCCUGUUCUGUGAUGAGGGGCAGGGUGGGCGAACCCUUGGCUGAUCUCCCCCCAUUCCCGUAGAUGGCGGCGGCCGAGGCGGUGCACCACAUCCACCUGCAGAACUUCUCGCGCUCGCUGCUGGAGACCCUUAACGGGCAGAGGCUGGGCGGGCACUUCUGCGACGUGACCGUGCGCAUCCGUGAGGCCUCGCUACGCGCGCACCGCUGCGUGUUAGCCGCAGGCUCGCCCUUCUUCCAGGAUAAGCUGCUGCUCGGUCACUCGGAGAUCCGGGUGCCGCCAGUGGUGCCCGCGCAAACGGUGCGCCAGCUCGUAGAGUUCCUCUAUAGUGGCUCACUAGUGGUGGCACAGGGCGAGGCGCUGCAGGUGCUCACCGCCGCCUCGGUGCUGCGCAUCCAGACAGUCAUUGACGAGUGCACGCAGAUCAUUGCGCGCGCGCGCGCCCCCAGCGCCCCCACACCCUUGCCUCCCCCGGGGCCUGCCUUCUACCCCACGCUGCAGCCUGACACCCCCAACACUCAGCUAGGGGAGGCCCCGGCUCCGCUGGCCCCCGCUGCCCCAGCCACUCCUGUGCCACCCGCCUACGAGUGCGGCCAUUGUCGAAAGACCUUCAGCUCUCGGAAGAACUACACCAAGCACAUGUUCAUCCACUCGGGGGAGAAGCCUCACCAGUGUGCCGUGUGCUGGCGAUCCUUCUCGCUGCGUGACUACCUGCUCAAGCACAUGGUCACGCAUACCGGUGUGCGUGCCUUCCAGUGUGCUGUCUGCGCCAAGCGUUUCACGCAGAAGAGCUCGCUCAAUGUGCACAUGCGCACACACCGGCCAGAGCGUGCGUCCUGCCCAGCCUGCGGCAAAGUCUUUUCACAUCGUGCGCUGAUGGAGCGCCACCUGGCCACGCACCCUACACCCUGACUGUGGCCCCACCCCAUCUUGUGCUCCCACCCCUCCCCACCCCAGAUCCUCUUCUCUGUGCACAUGGAUACUCUGGGACCUGCAGGCUUCCAAACUGACCUGGAGGCCCAGCUUGGAGUACAAGGGCCUGGGAUCCAUGUCCCCUUCCAGGCUGCCCUGGGGUUUGGGGCAGGACGAGGCCUCUGGUUCUGCAUCCAGGGCUUCCCUCCCUCAUCGGGCACCUGAGACCCCUCCAGUGGACCCAUCACAGAUGGAUUCAGGUGUACUCACACUCCAAUAAAGGAUGUUGGA